AUGAAGCUGAGCAUCCUGUUGCUGGCCUCCGCCGUGGCCGCCGCGCCUAGCACCCACGGCCACGGCGGCUCGCGCAUCGCCAACGUCGACGUCGGCGUGCGGCCAGGCUUCCUCGUCGACCUGAUGCCCGCCGGCCCGCUCAAGGAGAAGCUCGCCGCCUGCGCGAGCCUGUACGAGAAGAAGCCCGGCAGGCUGCACUCCUCCGACUUCUCCAUCAGCCAUCGCGGCGCGCCGCUGCAGUUCCCCGAGCACACGCUGGCCGGGCUGACGGCGGCGGCUCGCAUGGGCGCCGGCAUCCUCGAGUGCGACGUCGCCUUCACGCGCGACCUCCAGCUCGUCUGCCGCCACUCGCAGUGCGACCUGCACACGACGACCAACAUCCUCGCCGUGCCCGAGCUGGCGGCCAAGUGCAGCGUCCCCUUCAGGCCCGCGGCCGGCGGCAGGCCCGCCACGGCCAAGUGCUGCACCAGCGACAUCACCCUGGCCGAGUUCAAGAGCCUCUGCGGCAAGAUGGACGGCUUCAACCCCAGAGCCACCACCGUCGCCGAGUACAUGGACGGCACCCCCAAGUUCCGCACCGACCUGUACGCCUCUACCUGCGGCCAGCUGCUCUCGCACAAGGAGUACAUGCGCGUCGUCGACAUGUACGGGCUCAAGUUCACCCCGGAGCUCAAGGCCCCCGAGGUGCCCAUGCCCUUCAUGGGCAAGUACUCGCAGGAGCAGUACGCCCAGCAGCUCAUCGACGAGUACCGCGCUGCCCGCAUCAGCCCCGACCGGGUCUUCCUCCAGUCCUUCUCCAUCAACGAUAUCUACUUCUGGAACAGGCACGACGCCGACUACGCCCGCCAGGCCAUGUUCCUCGACUCCCGCCCGGAUACCCCUGAGGGCGCCCGCCAGGCCACGGCCACCAUGGCCCAGCUCAAGCAGUCCGGCAUCCGCACGCUCUCCCCGGCCUUCCAUGCCCUGCUCAAGCUCGAUGCAGGCAACAACAUCGUCCCCUCGGACUACGCCGUCGCUGCAAAGAAGGCCGGCAUCAAGCUCACCACCUGGUCCCUGGAGCGUUCGGGGCCCCUGAACAAGGUCAGGACCUCCGGCGACUUCUACUACUCGUCCAUUGCCGCUGCCAUCAAGGACGACGGCGACAUCUACCGUGUCGUCGAUGUCCUGGCCCAGAAGGUCGGCGUUGCCGGCAUCUUCUCUGACUGGCCGGCCACCGUCUCCUUCUACGCCAACUGCUUCAACUUGUAG